AUGUCUCUGGCUGGCUUGUCGAUUUUCUUCCUCAUUUCACUCUAUUAUUCUUCCGUCCCCAUCACCAUCUCCGCCUCGCCCCUCAACCGUCCCCAUCCCCAUCCCCAGCAGGCACUGGCAGGCUCGGCGCAUCCUCACGAAUACAUCUUGAAGCCCAGCUUCCACAUCCUGGCUGCCCCAACAACGCGGACCUUCAAUCUCACCGUAACUCAAACUACCGCCGCCUUGGAUGGAUUCCUCAGGCCCGUUCUUGCCAUUAAUGGCCAGAUACCUGGCCCACUGAUAGAGGCAAAUGAAGGUGAUCGAUUGGAGAUCACAGUUAAGAACCUGAUGGACACUCCAUUGACCAUGCAUUGGCAUGGUCUCUAUCAGGCUAGUCAAAAUAUCUUCUCUCCUGCUCUGCUCGAGGUUCUUUCAAACAUGAUCAAUGAACCAGGGCUAACCAAAGCUCUUUAUUGGCCUCCAUCAUUCCCGAAAAUUUACUAA